GCACGCGCGUCUCGAGGCAGGAUCCCCCUGCGCCGGUUGGUCACGUGCAUUCGGUCGCCACACGUCAUCAACGGCUCCAGUCCGGAUGUAAAUGGCCGUCGCCGCGUCAAUCACACGAAUCGGCCCGGCCUUGCCCCAGGACGGUGGCGCGCUUGGUCACCCUCUGUAGUGCUGGGAAAACCCGCAGCGUUGAAUGGCCCGUCAGAAAGGCUGGGGGGAAACACACACUAAAUAACGGCGGGCGGCUAAAAGCUCCACGUGUAGCCGAGACUGAGCCGCAUCGGCUGUUAUUUCGUCCUCAUUCCUUGUCCGUUCAGUGAAGGAGCCUGCGGACGCGGGGUGCGAUGAGACAAGAUUUUAAUGAAAUUGCUGAGCCUGAGCUGAUCAAUUGCCCAAAGUGUACAAAGAAGAAAAUACAUUUAUGGAACCAAAUCUUCAGAAAACCUGUGAGGCUGAUACAGAAGAAGCACAAAAAAAAGUUGCAUCCAUAAAAACUUCACAAAGUUCUGCAGACAGCAUUUCUCACGUGAAUAACAAUGGACUGGAACCUUCAUCCAGUGCUUUUGAAUUGGAGAUCCCCGAUGAGUGCAGUGUGCAUUUAGGCAAGAGCUCUUUGGGCACUUCUGAUAUUACAGAAAAAGGCUGUAAGCGCUUAAAAAAAGAGGAUAAUACAGACGGGGAUACUUUGCCUGAACCUGAAAUAACCAAAUAUGUUGCAAAAUCAUUGCUUGCUCUUAAGACAUCAGUGCAGCCACUCAUAGGAGACAUAAAGCUGUGUCCAGAAAACGUCUCAGAAGCCAUUUUACAGCAAAGCAAUAAAAGAGAAAGACGCAAAUCAGUACACCACUCUUUUGAACAUGCGCAUUCCACAAUGGUCAAGGAUACUGUGAUGCAAACAGAAAUCUCUUCAAAUGAAACCAAUCUCCACCCUAAAACCGUGGUUACACGUCAAAAUAUUUAUCAUAUUGAAAGGCAUUCAAAUAAAGGCCAGCCCAUUGAUCAUUCAAGAUGUUCUGCAGUGGACAAGAACACUGUAACUCCAAAUGAAUUUGGGCUUGAGCCUCAUUUAACUUCUGAUACAUUACCUUUACAACAAAAUGUUAGCAAAAAAAGGGGGAGAUGCAAAAAUAUUCAAAGUACCUUGGUGUGUGGUCCAGCUGUAGAUCUUUGUAAUGUUCCAACUGAUGGUGGUUCUGGCGAGGUACGGUCAGUUCCAGUAGUCGUACCAGUGAAACUGCCCACUAAACAAGGAAGAAAACCUAAAAGUGCCAUGGUAGUAGCAGUGCAGGAAAUUCUCAGUCACAGUAACAUUGAAAAUGGAGAUGAGAAUGAGAUGGGAAGUGUUCAACAAGUGAAAAUUACAAAGAAACAAGGAAGGAAGCCUAAGAAUUCAAAAACAGUGUCAGUGGAAGAAGCAGUGCCUCAAACACCAUCAAUGGAGAAUUGUUCUAGUUUUGAGAAUGGUGGUGAUAAGGAGAUGGGAAUGCCUGAAUUAACGAGGAUCCCAAAGAAGCGAGGAAGAAAACCCAAAAAUGCAAAAGCAGUACCUGUUGAAAAAGUAAUGCUGCAAAUAUCAUCAACAGGAAGAUAUGAUAAUGCUGGGGAUGGAAUUGACAAUGAAAUGGGAGUAUCGCCUAUGAUGAAAAUCCCGAAGAAACGAGGAAGAAAGCCUAAGAAUAUAAAACCAGUACCUUCUGAUGUACCACAACCUCCAUCAAUAGAGGUGUGCAUUGAUGAUGACAAUGGUGAAGCCAGUGAAAGACAAAUGGUAGUACCGCUGAAGAUUCCGAAGAAACGGGGAAGAAAGCCGAAAAGUGAAAUGGUAGCCCGAGAAGAGAACACAGAUACUCAUGGGCUAUUGAGACCAAUUGUACAAAAAUUAUUGGAGCAUACGGAUGCAGAUGAAGAACUAAAAGCAAGUGGACGACCAAAGAGAAGGGCAGCCAGAGCUGCCUUGCUUUACCUGCGUGAAAUAGUUGAGGAGAUAAAAUCACCUUCUUAUAAAAUUGAUGAAGUGACUGCCAGUACAAAGAGUGAACUAGACCAAUCUCACUGUAAGUUGUUGUCUGAGACUAAACCCUCCCCUACACAAAGAAGAGGAAAGAGGAAGAAAAAAUCUUGUGAUGAUGAUGUUUUUGAUGACUUGUCAGAUGACAAAGACUUUGUGGUUUCUGAUGGAGUAUUCGAUGAAGAUGAAGAAGAAGAGGAAGAAGAAGAAGAUGAAGAACUUAGUGAAGUCGACAUCCCUGGUGAUAUAACGGAGUCUGAUCUAGAUGUUCCUUCCAAUGAGGACUAUCAAAAACCAAGAAAGAGUCCCAUAAAUGAACAAUCUCGUAGUGCAAAACGGCGAUUAUAUGGAAAUUUUGCGAAUGGCCUACCUAAUCAUAUAAUGGUGCCAGUAUGGGGAGCCACAACAAUUACAAUAAAGCAUCGAGAGGAGCAUCACUCCCCAUGGGUAUUUCCGGAUUGGAUUCCUUCAACACAAGCCUGGAGUUUUAUUUCCCAAAGUGAAUCGCUUAAAUAUUUGCCAAGUGAAACAAAGUCACCAUAUUUUAAAAUUAAAAGGGAGGGACAUCGAGAUGAUUCCACGAUUCAGAACCUGAGCAGAUUUCAGUCAUUACCAGCUCACAAGGAAAGUUGGGAUGUAAACUUCUUUGUUGGUGGCCCAAUAUGGUGUCUAGAAUGGUGCCCAACCCCAGAGGGUUCAGCUGCCUGUCAGUAUGCUGCUAUUUAUUGCAACAAAGGAAUGGAUGAUAGACAUAAACUGAUGUGCCAGCAUGUAGAGCCAACAUUGCUUCAGAUAUGGCAAUUGGGUGAUCUCCAGCAAGAACAUUGCCCACAAACGAAUGCUGCUUUAGCUUAUGGUAUUGCGACAGACCAUGGAUGUAUUUGGGAUAUGAAGUGGUGCCCCAGUGGGGCUUGGGAACUGCCAGAAACCACUAGAAAGCAACCUCAGAUGUCGAGACUUGGGAUCAUAGCAGCUGCAUUUUCCUCUGGAAAAGUUGUUGUCUACAGUUUGCCACACCCAGAAUCCCUACAUAUGUAUAAAAUGAAACUUUUAAAAGCUUCGUCUAUGCAAGGACCAAUCAUCUGCAAGGUUCAGUGCACUGUAAUUUUAGAGAUUGGAUCCGUUCAAUAUAGUGGGUCGUCACAGUGUGGACAGUGUUUCUGCCUUGACUGGAUGCCCUCUGAGGAACAUCAAUGUUUGGCAGCGGGUUUUUAUGACGGUACGGUUGCUCUCUGGAAUUUGAAUACAAAAUCAUUACUGUUGCGAGUUCAGCAAGGCGAUGGAAGUUUGAAAAUCUAUCCUUUCCAUUCCUUUGUGGCACACGACCAUGCUGUCAAAGCCAUUGCUUGGAGUAAAGCGAACAGCAAUUUUCUAGUGACAGCUAGCCCUGACAGGAAGAUCAAGUUUUGGGAUCUCAGGAGAACAUACCAACCUGUCAAUGAUAUCAAGCGAAACUUAAACACUGAAGUAGCUUGGUUGUUGCCCUGGUGUGGAGUUAUGGUGGCACAAGAAAAUUGUUAUGCAGCGUUUGGCCUCAGUGGAAUUCACUUUUUGGAUGCUGGUUUUCUUGGAUAUAAGCCUUAUUUUGCUGCUCCAAGAACAGGAACUGUGUGGAGUAUUUCUGGUUCAGAUUGGCUAAAUACCUGUGUGUCUGGAGACAAUACAGGAGAAGUAAUAGCUGUCAUCCUUCCAGACUGUAUGAACAAUACCAUGAACAUAAAGCGACCUAAUGAGCGUCGAUUUCCUAUUUAUAAAGCUGACCUCGUCGAUCGCUGUACUGCAAGCAACUAUUCAGCUCCCUGUUCAAAUCAAAAAGAGAAGGAGGCCAAGAUUCAUAAAAGAUCAUCAGGAAAAGAGAAAGAAGAGUUAAAUUCCAGCCCUAUUGCUGAACCAAAGACAUAUAGUGAGACAGUGAAGAAAUAUUACGUGAUGUUUGAUGACACCGACCUGAAAAGUUUCAAGAACUUAUUUUCCAGAGGACCUUUUAAGAGAAUGCAGACAAUAGACAAAGGAAAAACAUAUCCUGACAGAAUGCCACUGGAAUCUGUACAUAAGGUCCGUUUCAAUCCCAACCUGGAUGCCCAUGGAUGGGUGAUCUCUGCUGGGCAAUCUGGCAUUGUCCGAGCCCACUGUGUGCGGUGCCUUAACACACACGUGAGCAGGAGGUUGAUCAAAGAAUACCAAGCACAAUUCAAUUCUAUGUUCCAGCCUGCAGUAACAAGCAACUGAGAGUUUCAUGUUUUCAAACAUCAUUCACACUGUAGAAACAGCAAUGUAAACAUAAUAUGAAGCUACCACUCUUGUAUUGAUAUGCCACCACUUUGAGUUUUCCAAGUAACAGAUGCAGUCGUGACAAAAGCUCUCAGCUCCUGGGUGCCACCAGGACACAAUACCUGAAUGCGGCACAGCUAUGCUGUUUGCUAGGUUCAGCUGUGUAUGUUUUUUCUAAAAUUUGUUGUGUAGAAUAAUGUCUUAUUUAAAUGUAUUGCAGGAGUUCAAUCUAAUGAAUCAGACACAUAGGGUAGAAACUUGUCUUUGGUUGCAGACACUAAAUUGCCAUAACAGUCACCAUUUACACUUCCCAUCAGCAUUUAGUUCUGUCAGCUUCAAUGAAUCUGGAUAUUGAGCACAGGUGACUAAUGCUCUGAUCCCUGUUUCGCACAUGUUUAACACCAGAACUCAAAUUCUGCCAACAAUUUUUCAAAUUUAGUAGUAAAAAAGUUUCACUUUUGAUGUGACGAUUUUCUUGAGUCUUAAUGAGAUAUUGUGUGGUAGGGAGAAGCAUUGGCAUUGUAUUAAACAAAAAUAGACAGGGUGCAUUUCUGAUUUCACAAGAUUGACAGGUUUUAGUUCCUAGGAACUAUUUUACAAAAUCGAUGUUGUUAAAAUCAUGAAAUGUCAUGCAAUCAUUUUUGUCAGCAGUUUUUUUUUAAACAUUGAACUGGAAACAAGUGAUCCUUGCUUUCUUGCCUUCUGUAAUAAGCUAAGCUCCUUCCCUUUAUUAAGGCAGCAUUUGUGUUAUAUGGUAAAAAAUAUCAAAAUAUCUGGAUGAAAAUGGCUAUGUUUUGUCUCAGAAUUGGUCCUAUGGUUGGUGGCUUGUUUGAAACAGGUCAGAUUAUCUAAAAAAAGCUGUUGUGAAGACUGAAUUAAACUUUUAGUCUAUGUACAGUAAGUAGUCCUGGGUUUUACAAUUAUACAUGUAAAAUAAAACAUAUUUGCAUGGCAAUAAAUUUAUUCCUGGUCUUAACUAUAAUUAGCAGUAUAAAGUGAGUGAUGAGUCUGCAGGGCUUGGUGCAAAAUUUGGUGCACCCUCACUAAAUGAUUGUGCUGUAUUGCUAUGAUGUUGGCAUGGAGUUGAUAUCACUCUGAAUGCAUCCACAAAGGUCCCUUUAAUUUUGGACAAAAGUGUAAUUUCCCCCAGAUUGCGUUGCUUUUUUCCUCAUAGAUGAUUAGCCUCAAGUAUGACUGAUGUUGGAGUUUGUGACUUGUCAAGCAUGCUGGUAAAGAGCCCAUUAAGUGUGUGGUUGUUCAUAGAAUAAGUAUGACAUUUAGCAAGAAGUUUCUUCUAAAUGAAUUUACUGGAAACGGACUCCCUUUCCUAUUUUGAUCAACAUUUCAUGAUUUUUAUAACAUGGCUAUUUGUAAAACAGGCAAUGGUCAAUUUGCUCACACUGAGCAUUGCUGUCAUUUCCAUACUGCUUUUUCAAGGUUAAAUAAUGCACUAUGUGUAACAUUUGGCUGUUCGGCUGUGAACCUUUAUAAAGAAUGCUUUGAGCAGUUCCUGAUCUCCCUUUUCCCACCUGCAAUCCCCUCUCCCAAAAAAAGAAAUCCUGUAAAAAAUAAUUCAGAAUUUGUAGUUUUUCAAGUUGUUUUGUAUAAGUGAUGUUUGUUUUAUAAUAAUUAUAAUACAACCUGCGGUAUAAUUACCUUUUUAAUUUCUCUUGGCUUUCUGUUUUAUGCUGUGUGUGUUUAAUUUACUUACUGCUGCAUGCAGAUUGGGCAUUCAAAUAUCUGUAAAACUGAAUCUUGCUGAUGUAGUUGGAUGCACCUUGUUAUACAACUACCUCAAACACAGAAAACAAUAGACUUACCAUCACGUUUCGUAUAUGCUUUGUUGUGAACUUGUGGAUUUUGUAAUGUCACCACAUGGUACUGUUUAAUUGUUUCACAUUCCUACCUUUGACCCAGUUUUAACAUUGCUUCCCUUGUCCAUUUAUGACACAUUUGCACACAGGAGUUGUGUUGUAUAAAUGGAGUGGUCUAAAAUAUACAUCAAUUCCUACAUCUCUUGCACAAAAAUUGCCUAUCUAUAUCAAAUAUUAAAUUCCCUUUGGCCAGUAAAAAUGUUAAUGGUUGCCUCCCCUGUUGUGGCAAAAUCCCAAUCUAGUCCUCUUUUAUUGUGUGCACUGAAGCUGAUAUUGAGAGGCACUUUCUAUAUAUAAUCAUCUAAACUAUCAGUCAUACAUAACUGCUUUUUCCUCAGUGGAAAGUAUAUGAUAUUUUAAAUUGCUUUAUUUUUGAAGGUACUGCCUAUCCUAGUAAAUUGAUUCUAUUCAGAUCUGCAAUGCCUUGGAUUGCUUUGGCCUUAUUGCAUACAUCAAAAGAAAACAGCUUCACAUCUAUUUUUAAAUUAUUGUAAGCAGAAGGGAAAUUGCUGUUAAAAUGUAGUAUUUUCAGACAGAGUGUCUGGUGGCAUGAUGCCUCUAUACCAGUGCUUUGUCCCCAAAUGCUGUCUCCCUUAUAUUCAUAAAUUAAUUUCUUCACCUUCUAAUCUUGAUAGGAAAUGUAUUCAUGAUCUGUUGCAUUUUAGGUGCAUAUAAAUAACAUUUUAAUGCAUUUCUUAUAUUUUGUUUUAUCUUUUUACAUCUGCCCAAGGCUACAGGAAAGUAGGUUGUUCCCAGAUCUCUGCCAAUGCUGCUUUGCAACCAGUCAAUAAUUUCUAAGAUGACACAGAGGACUGCUGCUUUUGAAUAAUAUGACUCAAAUAUUCUCACUUGGCAAAUUGUAAUUGUAAUUCUGGCAAUCCGAGUUCAAAAUAUUGAUAUGCUAACACACCAUUGCUAGGAUAUACUAAAAGUGGUUUAAAUUAAUGCACAGUAUUUAGAUUAGUGAACUGUAUUCAUCUCAUUUAUACUUUUUUACAGAUCUCUUCAGUAAGCCCUGAAUUCAGUAAACUGCCUUGAAAGUUCAAUGAACAAAAUUUCACCUUCAAGACAUUAAGUCCAUAGUCUAAUUUAAAUAGUCUUAUUUAACUAUACUAUAAAACAACAUCAUUUUCCUUCCCAACACCAUCAUCUUUCAUUAACCGCCAAGAAAAUCCUCCUUAUCUGACUUGGCUGAGCUAUGCGAUGGAAAUAUCAAAUGUAAGAUUUUAAUUUUUUUAAAUCGCAUUCCAUGUUGCUCUUUCCUCCCACCCAGCAUACUGCUACUUAUGUUUUUUGGUCAAGUUCAAUGCCUUUUUUUAAAUUUUGGAGUUCACUCGCAACUAAUCUGACUUUUUAAAGAGUUCUGAAAUGGUUAAAAGCAUCGUGUAACAUGGAUUGCUGCAAGCUGAAGAGUAGAAUGAAAGUCGCCUUUAAAAUGUGGAUUUAAAAGAUUGACAGAAAAUACAGCUGCUGAUACAGUGUGUUAAAUAUUUCUUUUCAGACAUUAAAGAUGUGGCCUUUUGUUUUUAAAUGU